UAGUUUUUCUUCGCCCCUGUCUGUGAUGUCGACAAAAUGCUCAAGUUUCUCCCCAGCCACCUACUUGCUGCAACAGAGAAUGUAGAGCCGCCCCCGCCGCCCUCACAGUUCCGCCACGUGUCCCAGACCAGCCGCCGUCCCCGUCGACUUGUCCAUAAAGCCCCGAUCGUCCCCCCAACCCCUCCUACCUCACCCUUUAAAUUUCCACCCAAAUUUUAUCUUCACAAAUCCGUCACUUCCCCUUCUCCUCUCCAUAAAGCUCCGAUCUCCCGUUGUUCUCCGCUGCUUCUCCUUCUCAUUUCCCCACAGUUCACCCCCGAGCCCUCGGGUUGCCACAGUGAUCCCACCGUGCCGGCUUUGAGGACUGGCUACUUUGCUUCUCACUGGUGCUCCCUCGCUCGCUCGUGCUUCUCGACGAAGAUAAGGAAUAGCAGCUGGAAAAUGGCCCCGAGCAUAUUGGUGACCGGAGGCGCCGGCUACAUUGGGAGCCACACGGUGCUCCAGCUCCUUCUAGUCGGUUUCAAGGUCACUGUGGUUGAUAUCCCGAACGACGCCUCCGAAGUCGUCAUUCACCGCGUCAAGGAGCUAGCGGGCGAGUUUGGCGGUAAUCUCUCCUUCCACAAGUUGGACCACCGUGACAGACUGGCUUUGGACAAAUUGUUUUCGUCCACAAAGUUUGAUGCUGUUAUUCACUUUGCUGGACUGAAAGCAGUCGGCGAAAGUGUUCAAAAACCAUUGCUGUACUUCAAUAACAACCUUAUUGGGACGAUAACCAUGUUGGAAGUUAUGGCUGCCCAUGGAUGCAAGAAGCUUGUAUUUUCCUCAUCGGCCACUGUUUAUGGUUGGCCAAAGGAGGUUCCAUGUACAGAAGAGUUCCCACUUUGUGCAAUGAAUCCAUAUGGACGAACCAAGCUUUUCAUCGAAGAAAUAUGUCGGGAUGUCUCUCGGUCUGACCCCGAAUGGAAGAUCAUAUUGCUAAGAUAUUUCAACCCAGUUGGAGCGCAUCCUAGUGGCUACAUUGGAGAGGACCCGCGUGGAAUCCCAAACAAUCUGAUGCCGUUUCUGCAGCAAGUUGCCGUUGGCAGGCGACCUGCCCUGACGGUUUAUGGAACCGACUAUUCAACAAAGGAUGGAACUGGGGUACGUGAUUAUAUGCACGUCAUUGACUUAGCAGAUGGGCACAUUGCUGCAUUGCGCAAAUUAGAUGAAUCUGGUAUAGGCUACGAAGUAUAUAACCUUGGGAGAGGGAAAGGAACAUCAGUUCUCGAGAUGGUUACGGCGUUUGAAAAGGCAUCUGGAAAGAAAAUUCCACUUGUUAUGGCUGGAAGGCGGCCCGGUGAUGCAGAAAUCGUGUAUGCAUCAACAGAGAAGGCUGAGCGCGAAUUAAACUGGAAGGCAAAGUAUGGGAUCGAGGAGAUGUGCAGGGAUCAAUGGAACUGGGCCAGCAAAAACCCUUAUGGCUAUGGAUCCCUGAAGGACACCAAUUGAAGGCUUUAGUUGAUAAAACUCGGAGUUUUAACUAUUCAAUAAGAAAAACAAGAGGAAAGCUCCCCCUUGUACUCUGUAUAAUCAGUGUCUUGGAGUAGGCUUGUCGGACAAUGUUGUAUGUAUGGAUCUUUUAAUCUGAUAGGAUGAGAUCCUUUUGAUAAGAAAAAUGGUGGGCAUCAGUAGUGCAGGUAAUGGCAAUUUAUCAUCUGAUGGGAUGACAUCCUUAUUUAGCUUUAUUUGUUUAUGGAGUAAAA